GUCUCCAGUUCACACAGAUCCAGCAGGAGGAGGAGGAGGAGGAGGAGGAGGAGAGAUGUCGACGAUCGGUCCAGAAGACGUGACAGAAGCGGAAGGAGGAGGAGGAGGAGAGAUGUCGAUGGUGGGUCCGGAAGAAGACAGGGAUCCGAUGAUAGCGGAGGCCAAGCGGUUCGUGGAGAACUACUACAGCACGUUCGACGCGAACAGGGAGGGCUUGGUGAACCUGUACCGGCAACGAUCGGUGCUGAAAAUCGACGGCCGGAAGAUCCAGGGCAAGGAGGCUAUCCUCGCCAAACUCACCUCCCUUCCGCAGCCGUGCCACCACGAAUUCGCCGAGGUCAGUUGCGGCACCUAUCGCUUGGCACCCGCAUCGGCAUCGGUCGCCGUGUCCGUCCUGGUCGGGGGCGGGACGUGGUUAGGCGGCAAGAAGGAGGAGGCGGACGCCGCCCUUAUACAGCAGAGCUUCAAUCUGGUGCCAGCACGAGGAGGAAGCUUUUACAUAGCUCGACAAUCUGGGAUGCUCUUUGAUCUCAAGAAGCCUCGGACCGGGGCUCUGUCCUCCUGGCUACCGAAACCUCCCCCCUCGGCAUCGCCCGUUCAUGUCUCGUUAUUUCAAAUCCUAUCCUCGGCAUACCCGCCGACGUCGGCUGCCACGGCACCGAGUACGCCUCCGCAAUUCGAACGCCUCAGCAUUUCGAAUCCGAAUACCACCCAUGAUGAAACUUCCUCCGUCUCUACAGAGACCUGAUGAUAUAACUGUUUUAUUUUCAAUGUUCUAGACUCUCUUGUUUUAUGUUUUCAAUGUUUUAUUGCAGUACUUUUGUGAAUAUGUAUUGGAUUCAUGUUCGAAUCCAAGUUCAGCAUAUGUCAUACUGCUCUUAUGAACUGAACUCAGUGGCAGGGCCUUCUAAUUCUCGUGGUAAUAUACUUAAUGUUUCGUGACA